UAGGAUUGCAGUCGAUAUGCUAAUGGCCCUGAUGGGAUGGCUACCCUCUGGCCAUAUGGUUCUCGGAAUUCAAGUUUCAACUCAUCAAAGCUGUUUGUUUUUUUGCCUUUCACCUGUCCCUCAAGGACCAAAAAUAAAACAAAGAACAACAAUUUUAAACUCAUUGCAACUUAGGGACUCCAGACCUAAAUCAAAUCAAACCACAAACUUAGUGCAAAGUUAGAGCAAACCUAGACGAACAUUUCCUUCUAGCCUGCAAGCUUUCGAGGAACAUCCUAAGGAAUCUUCUCUCAGGAGUUCGAGAAGACUUCCAGAUGAAUAACCCCGGGUGCCGUUGUGCCCAACCCCAACUCCAGGUGAUUUGAGCCGCAGCUCCUAGGGCUGGGCCUCUAGUUGUUGGUCAACAAUCUGCGAGGAAGAAAUCCCUUUGAGGCAGAUUCCUCACAAAUUAGAAUUUCACAAAUUAGAAUUUGAUGGGACCUUCUCUCCGCUGACACCAUGAUUUAACAUGAAUGAGGACGGGAUGGACUUUAGCCAUGAAUCAAGACGGCUUAAUAGAUCGGAAGGGGAAUCCCAUCAACAAGCAAAAACAUGGAGGACCUAGAGCUUCAUUUUUAACACACUUCUUAGUGCUGGCCGUAAACAUUGCAAUGAUACCGAACAUAUUGAACACAGUGACUUACCUGCAUGAAACCAUGUAUUUCGAUCUAGCACAGGCGUCUACUACCAUGACAAACUUCCUUGGUGUGACUUCUCUCUUUGCUCUGCUUGGGGGGUUUCUCUCAGAUUCAUACAUCAAGAGAUUCACGAUGAUACUCAUCUUCGGUCCAUUGGAGUUUCUAGGAUAUGGGAUGCUUGCAAUUCAAGCACAUUUUGGAUCGCUUCGUCCUCCUCAAUGUGACAUUGGGAAUGAAAAGAGCAAUUGCAGUCCUGUUCAAGGAGGAAAAGCUGCAAUGCUUUAUAUUGCACUAUACACAGUGGCCCUCGGUGAAGGUUGUUUAAGAGCUAAUAUACCAUCAUUUGGAGGUGAUCAAUUUGAUGAGAAUGAUAUUGAAGAAUCGAAGCAAAGGUCUAGCUUCUUCAACUGGUACACCUUCAGCAUUUCACUUGGUGGUGCAAUUGGAUUGGUUCUCAUAAUUUCGCUAGAAAGUAGUAAAGGGUGGGACUAUGGAUUUGCAGCAUGUUCCUUAGUCAUUUUGGUAGGUUGGCUCGUGCUAGUUAGUGGGUUCCCCUUGUAUCGCCACCAAAGCCCAAGUGGUAGUCCUUUGGCAAGAAUCAUGCAGGUAACAGUUGUGGCCCUAAAGAAUAGGAAGCUUGAUCUACCUGAAAAUGCUGAGGAAUUAAACCAUGGGGAGACUAAGGAGGAUAUGGUGGGUGUGGAAGUUCUAUCUCACACCAAUGAUUUCAAUUGUAAGAACAAAGAUCAUCUUCGACUGGUUCCCAUUCUUUUAAGCUCAAUGAUCUGCUAUAUUCCUGUUACUCUGUUGCUAACACUAACAGUUCAACAAGGAAACACGAUGGACAAGAAGCUAGGGAGGAUACAUAUCUCUCCAGCAUCGCUCUUCUUGAUCCCUAUAACCUUCCAAAUGAUAAUCUUAUUUGUUUACGACUGUUUCAUUGCACCUUUUGCUCGAAGGCUCACGAAAGAUAGGUCUGGCAUCUCAAACUUGAAACGUAUUGGGGUGGGCUACUUCACAACUGCAAUUUCAAUGUGUCUGGCUGCUAUAAUUGAGAAGAAGAGGAAGCACGUGGCUAUUAAGCAUGGUAUGGUGGAGGCCACCACUGGGAUCCCCAUGUCUGUGUUUUGGCUAGUAUUGCAAUGCUUUGCAGUGGGGAUUUAUGAUGCAACUAGCUUUGUGGGGCUGUUGGAGUUCUUCAAUAGUGAAGUCUCCAAGGGGAUGAAGUCAUUGGGCACUGCAAUUUUCUGGUGCACUCUUGGUUUGGGAUCUUUGUUGGGUUCAUUUCUUAUUCAUUUAGUCAAUCAGUGCACUAGGUACUCUCAAGGUAAGGGGUGGUUAGGGGGCAACAACUUGAACAAAAAUCACUUAGAUAGCUUUUAUUGGCUCCUUGCACUGAUAGGGCUCAUUAGCUUUAUCAAUUAUCUUUGGUGGGCUAUGAGAUACUCAUCUAGACGUUUCCCUACUAGGGUUUAAGUUGGUAAAGGCUCUGCAUUGUGUAUUUUUUUUAAGUUCUUUCUCUUAUUCUGGAAUAUGCUGUGAAGUUUUUCAUUGUAUAUAGAAAUUUAGGCUUUCAUAAGAGUUUACGAAUUUCUUCUA